CUGUCAGUUGCAGAAUAAUACAUCGAGCCUUUUGGGAGAUAUAGACUUGAGGAUUGCGUGCUUAUAAUUGUCUUUAUCUAACCGAAGCAUUAUUUUACCUUUAUCAACGGAUUUUACUAAACGAUGAAUGGGAUUAAGGGAAACUACUGGGGGUUUAAUUGUUUCGGCGAAGGAUCAUGAAAUUAAUUAAUAUUCCAGAUGUGCUCAUUCUAACACUCAAACUAUUUCACUUGGGUGGGAUCAUUCAUAAAUUAUUCAAAAGUUACCCAGCAAUACUUUAAAAAGAAAUUAUGCACAUUUUGGAAAGGUAGGCUAAUGCAUUGGAGAAAAAUUGAACUGGUUUUCUGUCGUAUUGGGAUGUUGGCAGAGGCAGAGUCCGGUUCCACAGGGAGACACCACAGUCCAGGAGCAGCUCUAAAGGAUGCAGUCCCUUAGCCCAUGGAGAAAUGGCAUGUAGGUUAAUUUCAAGCCGAAUCGUGCCAUCUUCAAAUAGGCUAAGCAAACGAUUUAUUUUUAUAUUCACACUUUCAUUGUCCUUUACAUAUUUAUGCUACAGCAUAAUUUUUUGUUGUGGUACAAUCAUGCCAAACCAGAGUUAUGAGGAAACAAGGUGCCUCCAUCACAAAAAUGUAGGAAGAAAAAAACUUCUUCAAAAAGAUUGCUCUUUCCCCGUCAACACCAGGACUAUUGGGGAAGAUAGUUUAAACGUGGCUGUCGUUAACCAAGGAUCAAAUCAUCGCAACCAAAGUAAACACGUUCCCUUGCCUAUAGCUCACAAACGGAGUAUUGCCUCAUCAGAACAUAAUUUAACUGUCGCCCAGAAAUUUGGAAACAAGAAGUUACCUAACGCACUUAUUGUCGGCGUGAAGAAGGGUGGGACAAGAGCUGUGCUUGAGUUCAUUCGAAUUCAUCCAGAUGUACGCGCUCUCGGAACAGAGCCCCACUUUUUCGAUAGAAACUAUGACAGAGGACUGAACUGGUACAGAGGAUUAAUGCCACGGACUCUCGACAGCCAAAUAACCCUGGAGAAAACCCCCAGCUACUUUGUGACGCAAGAGGCUCCGAGACGCAUUGCCAGCAUGUCCCCCAACACCAAGCUAAUUGUGGUGGUGCGUAACCCAGUCACCAGGGCCAUCUCGGACUAUACACAGACUUUGUCAAAGAAGCCCGACAUCCCCACCUUUGAGGACCUGGCCUUCCAGAACCGGAGCCAGGGUCUGGUGGACACUUCAUGGAAUGCCAUCCGUAUAGGAAUGUACAUACUCCACCUAGAGAAUUGGCUCCAAUACUUUCGCCUCUCCCAGAUCCACUUUGUGAGUGGAGAGCGACUGAUCACAGACCCGGCGGGGGAGCUUGGCCGUAUCCAGGACUUCUUGGGACUCAAACGCAUCAUCACAGACAAGCACUUCUACUUUAACCGAACCAAAGGCUUCCCUUGCUUGAAGAAGCCUGAAAGCAGCAGCCAGCCCCGAUGCCUUGGCAAAUCUAAGGGCAGAACUCAUGUGCAGAUAGACCGGGAAGUCAUUGACCAGUUGCGGGACUUCUAUAGGCCUUUUAACAUUAAAUUCUAUGAGAUGGUGGGACAAGAUUUUAGGUGGGAUUGAGAAUCUCAUAAAAUAUAAACGGGUAAUUUAAGUGUAUUGACUGGCUACCUCAGUGGUGCAUUCAAAUGAGGAGACCUUAUCCAAGUAAAUCAAACGUAUCAGCAAUGUUUCAAAUAAAAGUGCAAGCUCAACAAGUUGUAAUAUGCCUUUAACUUUAAAACAUUUGGUAUAACUACCUGAUUUAACACCAUGCUGUUUUUCCUAAUUUAAAUGAAAUAGAGAGAGAGGCUGCCAUCCCAUUAAUACUCAUAGUUAAAAUUUGUCCUUCAAUAAAUUGUUUUCUUUGCAAAGUUCUGUUACUUUUACAAUACUGUACAUUCACAGAAUUAAUCUAUCGCAGUUGACAAAAAUAAAGUGUUAUUGUGACA